AGACGUCAUUAUGAAAAUUAGCAAUGUUUGUUUAUGUUUUUUUAGGCGAUGAAUAUUUAAAUUCUCAAUAGUACAUGUCUUCCUUGUCUUGGACCUCACAGAACCUCGUUCAUUUCACUUGCAUGUAGCGCCGGGGUCUGUAAAAUGGCGGAGAUGUUCUGCGUUAGAUUUUCGCUAUUAACACUGACUUUUUACCUGAUUUUGGGUAGAACUAGAGGUGAAGUGUUCACGGCCUUAAUCGAUCUAGAGAACCUAGUGUACAGAGAACGUGAAUUGAGGUUCACUUUAGAGGAGUAUGUCAAUUUAGAGGAACAGAGGCUGGCCAAACUCAAGAAGUUUCUCGCUAAAGUGAACGCCGCGCAUAAGGUUGUGGGAGACGAUGUAUCAAGAUAUUUAGGACAUCCGGUAAACUCUUAUCUCGAAAUUAGGAGAAUGUACAAGGAAUGGCCCGAAGCGGAAAGACUAGUUCAGCUGGACAAUUCUGAGGCUGUGAGUGAUGCUAUUACUAAGCAUAAAGAAGCGUUUCCAGGAAAAGAAGACUUUGACGGAGCAAUCACGGCACUUCUGCGACUUCAGGACACAUACCAACUUCAACCUUCGUCAUUUGCUCUCGGAAAAUUACCUGGUUCAGUGCAGUCACCUAAAAUGACAGUGGGUGAAGUUUAUGAUGUGGGACGGCAUGCAUAUCUCAACAGUGACAUGUUUUACACGAAGACCUGGAUGGAGGAAGCUUUGAAACAGUACAGCAAACAGAAUGAGACCGAAGAUGUCCGUCUGUUUGAUGUGUAUGAUCACUUGGCAUUUUCUGAGUACAAAGUGAGGAACAAACUAUAUUAAGUUAUUUUAUAGCUG